AUGGAGUUUAUGGAGGAUUACGACUUUGAAUUACACUAUCAUCCUAGAAAGGCCAACGUAGUAGCUGAUGCCUUGAGUAGAAAAUCCAUAAGUGCCAUGGCUAGUCUCACAAUGAGGGAAUGGAAGAUAAUGAGGGAUAUUGUGGAAGCACAAAAGGGUGACCCAGAAGUGGAGACUAUUUGGGAGAGUAUCUCCAAGGGAAAAGAAGAGAAAGGUUUGAACGUAUAUACCAAUGGGAGUGUCCAUUAUUUUGACCAGUUGUUUGUGCUUGAGCCUAUUAGAGAUGAAGUUCUUCGGGAAUCCCAUCACUCUCACCCUGCUGUGCAUCCGUACGAGCCCGAUCCUUUCCAGGUGUUAGAUUGGAUGGAUAUUGAGGUUGAUAAGGAUGCGUUUUAUGAGGAAAGACCAAUUCAAGUUCUGGAUUCCCGGGAGCAAGUAAUGAGGGGUAAGGCCAUUCCGUUAGUUAAAGUAUUAUGGCGUUACCACGGUGUUGAGGAAGCGACUUGA